GAGGCGGCGAUCCCGGCGGAGGGGGCCGUUCGCCAGCUCUGAGGCAGAAAGUGCCACGACUCCACACGCGCGCACGCAGCCAGCGAGCGGCCGGAGCGGACGGCAGACGGGGCGGGCGGCGUCAGGGUCGCAGCGUCUACAGCUGCUCGGGGGCGGUUUCUUGGCGGAGGCUUGGCCGGCUCCUCUCUCCCGGCUCCGCGGCGGCUGCGAAGGCGGCGGCGGCUCCUGCCCUCUCCCUUUCCCUCUCGCGUCUCUGGCUGCAGGUGAAAGGAAAGCAAGCCAGGAUGGAUAUUUACGACACUCAAACCUUGGGGGUUGUGGUCUUUGGAGGAUUCAUGGUUGUUUCUGCCAUUGGCAUCUUCCUGGUGUCGACUUUCUCCAUGAAGGAAACGUCGUAUGAAGAAGCCCUAGCCAACCAGCGCAAGGAGAUGGCGAAAACUCACCACCAGAAAGUAGAGAAGAAAAAGAAGGAGAAAACAGUGGAGAAGAAAGGAAAGACCAAGAAAAAGGAAGAGAAACCUAAUGGGAAGAUACCUGAUCACGAUCCAGCCCCCAAUGUGACUGUCCUCCUUCGAGAACCAGUGCGGGCUCCUGCUGUGGCUGUGGCUCCAACCCCAGUCCAGCCCCCCAUUAUCGUUGCUCCUGUCGCCACAGUUCCAGCCAUGCCCCAGGAGAAGCUGGCCUCCUCCCCCAAGGACAAAAAGAAGAAGGAGAAAAAAGUGGCAAAAGUGGAACCAGCUGUCAGCUCUGUAGUGAAUUCCAUCCAGGUUCUCACUUCGAAGGCUGCCAUCUUGGAAACUGCUCCCAAGGAGGUGCCGAUGGUGGUGGUGCCCCCAGUGGGUGCCAGGGGCAACACACCAGCCACUGGCACUACUCAGGGCAAAAAGGCGGAGGGGACUCAGAAUCAAAGCAAAAAGGCUGAAGGAGCCCCAAACCAGGGCAGAAAGGCAGAGGGAACCCCAAACCAGGGCAAAAAGACAGAGGGAACCCCAAACCAAGGGAAAAAGGCAGAGGGAACCCCAAACCAAGGCAAAAAGGCAGAAGGAACCCCAAACCAAGGCAAAAAGGCAGAGGGGGCCCAGAACCAGGGUAAAAAGGUAGAUACAACCCCAAACCAGGGGAAAAAGGUGGAGGGGGCCCCAACCCAGGGCAAAAAGGCCGAGGGGGCUCAGAACCAGGCCAAAAAGGUAGAAGGGGCCCAGAACCAGGGCAAAAAGGCAGAGGGGGCCCAGAAUCAGGGCAAAAAGGGAGAGGGGGCCCAGAACCAGGGCAAGAAGGCCGAGGGGGCCCAGAAUCAGGGCAAGAAGGCAGAGGGGGCCCAGAACCAGGGCAAGAAGGCCGACGGGGCCCAGAAUCAGGGCAAAAAGGCCGAGGGGGCUCAGAACCAGGGCAAAAAGGCCGAGGGGGCUCAGAACCAGGGCAAAAAAGCAGAGGGGGCCCAGAACCAGGGCAAAAAAGCAGAAGGGGCCCAGAACCAGGGCAAGAAGGCCGAGGGUGCCCAGAACCAGGGCAAGAAGGCCGAGGGGGCCCAGAAUCAGGGCAAAAAGGCCGAGGGGGCCCAGAACCAGGGCAAGAAGGCAGAGGGGGCCCAGAACCAGGGCAAGAAGGCCGAGGGGGCCCAGAACCAGGGCAAGAAGGCCGAGGGUGCCCAGAACCAGGGCAAGAAGGCCGAGGGGGCCCAGAACCAGGGCAAGAAGGCCGAGGGGGCCCAGAACCAGGGCAAGAAGGCCGAGGGGGCCCAGAACCAGGGCAAGAAGGCCGAGGGGGCCCAGAACCAGGGCAAGAAGGCCGAGGGGGCCCAGAACCAGGGCAAGAAGGGCGAGGGGGCCCAGAACCAGGGCAAGAAGGCCGAGGGGGCCCAGAACCAGGGCAAGAAGGCCGAGGGGGCCCAGAACCAGGGCAAGAAGGCCGAGGGGGCCCAGAACCAGGGCAAGAAGGCCGAGGGUGCCCAGAACCAGGGCAAGAAGGCCGAGGGGGCCCAGAACCAGGGCAAGAAGGCCGAGGGGGCCCAGAACCAGGGCAAGAAGGCCGAGGGGGCCCAGAACCAGGGCAAGAAGGCCGAGGGGGCUCAGAACCAGGGCAAGAAAGCCGAGGGUGCUCAGAACCAGGGCAAAAAAGUAGAAGGGGCCCAGAACCAGGGCAAGAAGGCUGAGGGGGCCCAGAACCAGGGCAAGAAGGCCGAGGGAGCCCAGAACCAGGGCCAAAAAGGAGAGGGAGCCCAGAAUCAGGGUAAAAAGACAGAAGGGGCUCAGGGCAAAAAGGCAGAAAGGAGUCCCAACCAAGGCAAAAAAGGAGAGGGAGCUCCCAACCAGGGCAAAAAGGCAGAUUCAGUUGCUAAUCAGGGCACAAAGGUAGAGGGUAUUACAAACCAGGGGAAAAAAGCAGAAGGGUCCCCCAGUCAAGGCAAAAAGGCAGAAGGGUCCCCCAACCAAGGCAAAAAGGCAGACGCAGCUGCCAAUCAGGGUAAAAAGACAGAGUCAGCUUCUGUCCAGGGCAGAAAUACAGAUGUGGCCCAGAGCCCAGAGGCACCAAAGCAAGAGGCUCCUGCCAAGAAGAAGUCUGGUUCAAAGAAAAAAGGGCCCCCAGAUGCCGACGGCCCUCUCUACCUCCCCUACAAGACACUGGUCUCCACGGUUGGGAGCAUGGUGUUCAACGAGGGCGAGGCCCAGCGGCUCAUCGAGAUCCUGUCUGAGAAGGCUGGCAUCAUUCAGGACACCUGGCACAAGGCCACUCAGAAGGGUGACCCUGUGGCGAUUCUGAAACGCCAGCUGGAAGAGAAGGAGAAACUGCUGGCCACAGAACAGGAAGAUGCGGCUGUCGCCAAGAGCAAACUGAGGGAGCUCAACAAGGAGAUGGCAGCGGAAAAGGCCAAAGCAGCAGCCGGGGAGGCCAAAGUGAAAAAGCAGCUGGUGGCCCGGGAGCAGGAGAUCACGGCUGUGCAGGCACGCAUGCAGGCCAGCUACCGGGAGCACGUGAAGGAGGUGCAGCAGCUGCAGGGCAAGAUCCGGACUCUUCAGGAGCAGCUGGAGAAUGGCCCCAACACGCAGCUGGCCCGCCUGCAGCAGGAGAACUCCAUCCUGCGGGAUGCCUUGAACCAGGCCACGAGCCAGGUGGAGAGCAAGCAGAACGCAGAGCUGGCCAAGCUUCGGCAGGAACUCAGCAAGGUCAGCAAAGAGCUGGUGGAGAAGUCAGAGGCUGUGCGGCAAGAUGAGCAGCAGCGGAAAGCUCUGGAAGCCAAGGCAGCUGCCUUCGAGAAGCAGGUCCUGCAGCUGCAGGCGUCCCACAGGGAGAGUGAGGAGGCCCUGCAGAAGCGCCUGGACGAGGUCAGCCGGGAGCUGUGCCACGCGCAGAGCAGCCACGCCAGCCUCCGGGCGGAUGCUGAGAAGGCCCAGGAGCAACAGCAGCAGAUGGCCGAGCUGCACAGCAAGUUACAGUCCUCCGAGGCGGAGGUGCGCAGCAAAUGCGAGGAGCUGAGUGGCCUCCACGGGCAGCUCCAGGAGGCCAGAGCGGAGAACUCCCAGCUCACGGAGAGAAUCCGUUCCAUUGAGGCCCUGCUGGAGGCGGGCCAGGCGCGGGACGCCCAGGACGCCCAGGCCAGCCAGGCGGAGGCUGACCAGCAGCAGACUCGCCUCAAGGAGCUGGAGUCCCAGGUGUCGGGUCUGGAGAAGGAGGCCAUCGAGCUCAGGGAGGCCGUCGAGCAGCAGAAAGUGAAGAACAAUGACCUCCGGGAGAAGAACUGGAAGGCCAUGGAGGCACUGGCCACGGCCGAGCAGGCCUGCAAGGAGAAGCUGCACUCCCUGACUCAGGCCAAGGAGGAAUCGGAGAAGCAGCUCUGCUUGAUUGAGGCGCAGACCAUGGAGGCCCUGUUGGCUCUGCUCCCAGAACUCUCUGUCUUGGCACAACAGAAUUACACCGAGUGGCUGCAGGAUCUCAAAGAGAAAGGCCCCACGCUGCUGAAGCACCCGCCAGCUCCCGCGGAGCCCUCCUCAGACCUGGCCUCCAAGUUGAGGGAGGCCGAGGAGACGCAGAGCACACUGCAGGCCGAGUGUGACCAGUACCGCAGCAUCCUGGCGGAGACGGAGGGCAUGCUCAGAGACCUGCAGAAGAGCGUGGAGGAGGAGGAGCAGGUGUGGAGGGCCAAGGUGGGCGCCGCAGAGGAGGAGCUCCAGAAGUCACGGGUCACAGUGAAACAUCUCGAAGAGAUUGUAGAGAAGCUAAAAGGAGAACUUGAAAGUUCGGACCAGGUGAGGGAGCACACGUCGCAUUUGGAGGCAGAGCUGGAAAAGCACAUGGCGGCCGCCAGCGCCGAGUGCCAGAACUACGCCAAGGAGGUGGCAGGGCUGAGGCAACUUCUCCUAGAAUCUCAAUCUCAGCUCGAUGCCGCCAAGAGCGAAGCCCAGAAACAGAGCGAUGAGCUUGCCCUGGUCAGGCAGCAGUUGAGUGAAAUGAAGAGCCACGUAGAGGAUGGUGACAUAGCUGGGGCCCCAGCUUCCUCCCCAGAGGCGCCCCCAGCCGAGCAGGACCCCGUUCAGCUGAAGACGCAGCUGGAGCAGACAGAAGCCAUCCUGGAGGAUGAGCAGACACAGCGGCAGAAGCUCACGGCCGAGUUUGAGGAGGCUCAGACCUCGGCAUGUCGGUUACAAGAAGAAUUGGAGAAGCUCCGCACAGCCGGCCCCCUAGAGUCUUCAGAAACAGAGGAGGCCUCACAGCUGAAGGAGAGACUAGAAAAAGAGAAGAAGUUAACAAGUGACCUGGGGCGCGCCGCCACAAAACUGCAGGAGCUUCUGAAGACGACCCAGGAGCAGCUGGCAAGGGAGAAGGACACGGUGAAGAAGCUGCAGGAACAGCUGGAAAAGACAGUGCGUGCCUGGCGCCAAAGCAGGGCGGGAGGAGUCGAGCUGCCGGGAGCCCCAGGGAGGCAGGACUGGGAGAGGCAGAGCUGGGUGGAGUCGUCGAGCUGCUGGGAGCGCUGGGCCAGGAGCCCCAGGGGAGGCAGAGCUGGGCGGAGGUAGUGGGGACAGAGACUUCCUAACGAGGGCUUCAGCCCACCCAGCCCACCACCCACCCUUCUGGGGUUCCCUUGCUGGGAAGCGAGUGUCUGAUCCCCCUGCUGGCCCAGGUCCUCACUUUGCACCUGUGUGGGCCCCUUAGCCAGUGCCCCAGCCCCUGCCCUGAAGGAUGAUGGUUUCCCCUCAGCUCCCACCAAGUCCUCCCUGUCCCCCAGCCCCAGGGGUCUGUGGCUCCUGUUCUCUGAGGGACUGGAGUGGCUUGAGGGGGUCAAUCCAGGGAGGGACUAAAGGCCCAGGGUAGAGGGCAGGUGGUUCUGCCGUGGCUCGUGGCCCAGCCCCCCUCACGCCACCUGCCUUCGUUCACAGGAGGACGGCAGCAGCUCAAAGGAGGGCACCUCUGUCUGAGUCUCCUCUUUGGAAAAAGAAGCUACUGUUCAACUUACCAAAAUGCCUUACACAUUCCUUACAAAUAAACCAACCAACCUACACAGCGUUAUCCAGGCCCAACUUCCAGUAGCUCCGAGAGAAGCCAUGAGAGACAAGUCUCUUAGAGCCACAGAAGUAGACCUUCCAGAGCCCCAGUUUGUAAAUGAACCUGUGUCACAUUUGAUAAACACUAUCCUGGGCGCAGCCCCGGGCCACCGCCGAGUGACGCCAAAGCCCUGGUUGACUCUGACAGCCCCGUGGGUGUGUGGGAGGCCGGGCGCUCUGGGGUCUGUCUGUCAGUGCAAUCGUUUAGUGUUUUUUCAGUGGGGCGGGGCGGGAAGCGGGUGGGACCGGGCAGCCAGUUCUCAAAGGCUGUGGGGCCGACUGGAGGCCACAGCCCCUCACCCCUAGACAUUGCCAACCAGAACUGACGUGUGACCUCCUGGGUGUUGAUGCCAUUAAAACCAACGUUGGUGCCCGGU